AUGCAUCGCUCAACCUCAACCUCAUCUGGUGAAAAGCUGGUCUUUUGCCAUUUCAUGGUUGGAAUCGUGAGCAAUCGCAAGAGCUCCGCAGACUAUGAUGAUGACAUGAUCCGCGCAAAAGAUGCUGGCAUCGAUGCUUUUGCUUUAAACAUUGGAACCGACUCCUACUCUGAUAACCAGCUGGAAUAUGCCUAUACUUCCGCUGCUAAAAAUGGAAUGAAAGUGUUUCUGUCUUUCGACUUCAACUGGUGGUCCACCAGCGAGGGAAGUGCCGUCGGUACCAAGAUCAAGAAGUAUGCCAGUGAGUCCGCUCAGCUCAUGGUUGAUGGCAAAGUUUUUGUUUCUUCUUUUUCGGGCGAUGGUGUCGAUGUCGAUGCCAUGGUCUCCUCGGCUGGCCAAGAACUCUUCUUCGCCCCGAACUUCCAUCCUGGAGAGGGCAAUUUUGAUAACGUUGAUGCCGCUUUCAAUUGGAUGGGGUGGCCGAGCAACGGCAAUAACAAGGCCCCUUCAGCAGGCAAAGAUAUUUCCGUGAUCGCUGGUGACACUUCCUACGCUAGUGCUCUAAGCGGCAAGCCUUAUAUCGCACCGGUCUCGGCAUGGUUCUCUACCCACUUUGGCGAUGAGGUCUCUUACAGCAAGAACUGGGUGUUCCCAUCGGACUUGCUCUGGUAUAACCGUUGGCGAGAGGUUCUCACUCUGCAGCCUCGAUUUGUAGAGAUUAUUACCUGGAACGAUUAUGGAGAGUCGCACUAUAUUGGUCCACUGUCAUCGCCUCAUACUGAUGAUGGCGCGUCUAAAUGGGUUAUGGAUAUGCCACACGGAGGUUGGUUGGAAAUGGCCAAGCCAUUCAUAUCCGCCUACAAGGCCGGCAGUCUAGAUGCAGGCCAAUACAUUACCGAAGAGAAGCUGGUCUAUUGGUACCGUCCCUCGCCCCGAAACACCGACUGCGACGCAACCGACACGACAAUGGGAGCUGCAGACAACUCCAGCGGUAACUACUUCCAGGGAAGGCCGGACGGAUGGGAGACGAUGAACGAUGAGAUCUUUGUUGUCUCGCUGCUCAAGGAACCCGCACAACUCUUGGUGAAAUCAGGCAGUCAUGAGAAGACUUUCUUGGCACCGGCUGGUAUUGCUGCUUUCUCAGUGCCCAUGGGUGUCGGUAAACAAAGUUUCUCGGUCACCAGAUCUGGCGAGACUGUGUUGUCGGGAACUAGCAUGAGAGAUAUUGUUACUUCUUGCCAGGCCGGUAUCUACAACUUCAACGCCUAUGUUGGAGUGCUGCCUGCCCCAGAGACUAUUGACGAGCUUCUGCCUGAGGGAUAUGCUUCGCUAACAGUUGGGUUGAAAACGAAGUGUCCCAUUAACACUCUGAGUGCGGUCUCCGGCGUGCCAACUGCCGUUGCGGUACCAACUACUGUCAGUGCUACUGCCAGUGCUAUUCCCAAUACCAUUUCCAGUGCUAGUGCCAGUGCCAGUACCAGUACCGAUACCGGUGCUAGUAUCGAUGUCGGCGCCAGCGUUGGUUUCAGUGUUGGUUACACUGUCGGCGCUAGUGCUGCUGCUACUGUCGCUGCUACUGCCGCUGCUACUCCCAGCGCCAUUGCAGUCCCCAGUGCUAAAUAUAGCACCAACACCGGUGUCAGCGCCACCAAAGAACAUUCCUCUCCAGCCAGCACUAUUGAUGAUGAUUCCUGCGGCUGUCAUUGUUUCUGA